GCCAACCGCAACCCCCCCCCCAAAAGAAGCCGUCAUGUUGUUAGUUUGAGGCUUCUGCUGGUUUGGGGGAUGCAUUGGUUGGUUAGUUGAACUCUGGAGUCCUGUACCAACGUAAAUCCGCAGAAUGAUGAAGGGAAAGACGGUUAUUGUGACCGGUGCUAACAGCGGGAUAGGAAAGGCCACAGCAGCCGGCAUUGUGAAGCUCCAGGGUCGUGUAAUAAUGGCCUGCCGAGACUUGGACAAGGCUGAGGAGGCAGCUCGGGACAUCCAGCAAGGCACCGGUGCAGAAAGUACACAGCUGGUGGUCAAACAGCUCGACCUCGCUUCACUGACAUCUGUACGCGCAUUCUGUGAAGACAUAAUCAAGGAGGAACCUCGGCUAGAUGUGCUGAUCAACAAUGCCGGUAUCUACCAGUGUCCUUACACCAGGACAGAGGAUGGCUUUGAGAUGCAGUUUGGAGUCAACCAUCUGGGACAUUUCCUGCUCACCCAUUUGUUGCUGGACCUUCUGAAACAAUCAGCUCCUAGCCGCAUAGUGGUGGUCUCUUCCAAGCUCUAUAAACACGGUUACAUAAAUUUCGAGGACCUAAGCAGCGAGAAGUCGUAUGACAAAGCUUUUGCCUACAGUCGCAGCAAACUAGCCAACCUUUUGUUCACCUGUGAGCUUGCCCGUCGCCUGGAGGGCAGCGGAGUGACAGCGAAUGCUGUAACUCCGGGCAUAGUGAGGACUAAUCUGGGAAGGCACGUUCACAUCGCUGUGUUUGUUAGGCCGCUUUUUGACCUGCUGUCCCAAAGCUUGUUUAGGAGCCCCGAAGAAGGAGCUCAGACAUCCGUCUAUGUAGCUUCUAGCCCGGAUGUUGACAAUGUGCAAGGAAAGUGCUUUGCAGAUUGUCAGCCUCAGGUUCUUUUGGACAAAGCCACAGAUCAGGAACUGGCCACUAAAUUGUGGGACAUUAGUGAAGUCAUGGUGGGGAUAAUCACAUGAGAUCAGCGUGAAUUUUGAGACUUAAAAAUCAAUUAUCUAAUAACCAUUUAUUAACCAAAGUCUUUCUAGAGAGCACAAAGUUAAACAGGGCAGAGCAAAUCCAAAGCCAUGUUUUUCCAGAAUUAAGACUUUU